AUGGCCUCCGCCGACGGCCGUCCGGCCGAUGCUGCUUCAUCGCCAUCGACUUUAGCUUCGGCUUCGGCUUCAUCCUCUUCGUCUUCUCCGGCCUCCUCGUCCGCGUCAACCACUCCAUCUACCGCUCCCUCCUCGGCCUCUUCAUCACCACCACCGUCCUCUGGUUCCUCUUCGUUUGCCCUCCCCUCGCCCUACCCCUUUGCUGCCGCCCCCGACAUCAUUCGCGCCCACCAGAAGGAUGCCUAUUUUGCCGGCACGCUGGCCAACGACCUCGGCGACGUCGUCCGCCGCUUCGCCGGUGGCCGCACCGCACACGCCUGGGCUGCCGAGACGCGCACCGCCGCCGACAUGGCCUACUGGGGCCUAACCACGUGGUUGGGCAGCCGCACGCUCGGCGAGGAGUAUUGCGACCUCGUCAAGGUCGUGCCGGUCGCUUCACCCAUCGCUGGCGGCAGCUCCGUGCCGGCCGUGCCCUCGCCGCUCCGCCGCUCCGCCUACGUGCUGUCGUCCGUGAUGGCGCCGUACCUGGUCGGACGGGCGCUGCCGGGCGUGCGGCGGGCACUGCGCCAACGACUCGAGCGCAAGGUCGCCUCUCUGCAGGCAAAGGCAGACAAGCAGAGAUCGGGCACAACGUCCCUUUCUCUCCGCGUCGCCCGCUACCUACUCGCCCACCUCGACACCCUCACGUCCGGCACCCACGUCCGUGCCGCCACCCUGGCGCUCUUCUACUUUUACGGCGCCUACUAUACCCUCACAACCCGUCUGCUCGGCCUUCGCUACGUCUUCACGCGACGACGCACUGGCGCUGGUGGUGGCUCUUCGGGCGACGACGUCGUUGGCUAUGAGGUUCUCGGCGCCCUCUUGGUCCUCCAGAUGGCCGUCCAGGGCUACAUCCACGUCCGAGAGACCCUGGCCUCGUCUCCUUCCAAUUCAUCCUCGGAUUCCACUUCAAACUCCUCUUCUUUCCGCCUCAACACCCCCGUCGAGGUCAGCCUCAGCCAUGACCACAGCUACACCGCCAACAACGAGCUCCUACUCAGUGGCCUCGGUGCAGACGAUGCUACCUACGCUGGCUCUGCCAACGGCUCGGCCGCCCAGCUGGCUGCCCUGACACACACGCCCGCCCCCCCGCCUCUUGACGACGGCAGCGGGGCGGCCGGCCCUCGCUUUGACCUGCAGGUGCCCUCCACCAUGGCCUGGCUCGACGGCCGCGUCCAGCGACAGUGCACGCUCUGUCUCGAGGUGCUGCGAGACCCUUCCGCCACGCCGUGCGGCCACGUCUUCUGCUGGCAGUGCAUCGGCGAAUGGGUGCGCGAAAAGCCAGAGUGCCCGCUGUGUCGACGGUCGGCACAACCGCAGCACAUUCUGCCGCUGCGGGCACUAUAA